GAUUGACCUUGUCUGUGUUAUUGGAUACGAUUUUGCCUUGGGUUUUGUCGUCCAUUGCUUUACUUGGGACCAAUCUAUGGAACCAAGCUGGCUCAGAAGGGAAGCAGAGACCUGGUUCGUGUAGAUUCCAGAACACCAACGGAAAAGAAAACAAAGAACACUACAAAGUUCAUUAAUUUUUCAGAAAAACCAAAUCAGAAUUAAGACAGCAAAUAGAGAAACAGUAUACCGCCCGUGGUAUGAGCAAAACCAAAACAGAGUCUCCUUUUUCCUUUUCCAACUAACUCCCACAGUGUUUCCUUUACCACAUCUCAAAGCCACACUCACUAACCAAAAUUGUCUUAUGCUAUAUAAGUACACAACAUCUCUUCCUGUUUCUACGCUCAUCUCUUCCUCAAUACUACACUCUCUGUUCUGUUUUUGUCUCUCUCACUAAUUCAAAAUACUGUCACUUUCUAUAACCUUAAAGUUCUCACUCAAACUAAACCCAUUCCAACACCCCACAUCACAACCUCUCACAAUGGACACAAAGAUAGGCUCGUUAGACGCCCCCAAGCCCCCCAGCAACGACAUCGUGUCGUGCACCCCAAACAACACCGCCGCCAUCCAACCUUGCGUUCCCUCAACGGCUGUCGCCUGCGGCGAUUCCACCAUGGGUCGCCACCUGGCACGCCGGCUUGUUCAAAUUGGCGUCACCGACGUCUUCUCCGUUCCCGGCGACUUCAACCUCACUUUGCUCGACCAUCUCAUUGCCGAGCCGGCGCUCAACGUCAUCGGCUGCUGCAACGAACUCAACACUGGCUACGCCGCCGACGGCUAUGCCCGCGCGCGCGGCGUCGGCGCCUGCGUUGUUACCUUCAGCGUCGGCGGCCUCAGCGUGCUGAACGCUAUCGCUGGAGCUUACAGUGAGAACUUGCCUCUCAUUUGUAUCGUUGGAGGGCCUAACAGCAACGACUAUGGCACCAACCGGAUCCUCCAUCACACUAUCGGGUUACCCGAUUUCAGCCAAGAGCUGCGGUGCUUUCAAACCGUUACUUGUUUCCAGGCUGUGGUGAAUAACUUGGAAGAUGCUCAUGAGCUGAUUGACACAGCAAUCUCAACCUCAUUGAAAGAAAGCAAGCCUGUGUAUAUAAGCAUUAGUUGUAACUUGCCUGGGAUUCCUCACCCCACUUUCAGCCGUGAUCCUGUUCCUUUUUCAUUGUCUCCCAAAUUGAGUAACCAGAUGGGGUUGGAGGCAGCGGUGGAGGCAGUCGCAGAAUUCCUUAACAAGGCAGUGAAACCAGUGCUAGUGGGUGGUCCUAAACUGAGGGUGGCAGCAGCAUCUGAUGCCUUUGUUGAACUUGCUGAUGCAUGUGGUUAUGCACUUGCUGUGAUGCCAUCGGCUAAAGGGCUAGUUCCGGAGCACCAUCCCCAUUUCAUUGGAACAUAUUGGGGUGCUGUGAGUACUGCAUUUUGUGCUGAGAUUGUGGAGUCUGCGGAUGCAUACUUGUUUGCUGGUCCUAUUUUUAAUGACUACAGCUCUGUGGGGUAUUCACUUCUUCUCAAGAAAGAAAAGGCGAUCAUUGUGCAGCCUGAUCGGGUUGUGGUUGCGAAUGGACCUUCGUUUGGGUGUGUGCUGAUGAAGGAUUUCCUCAAGGCACUUGCAAAGCGUCUCAAGUACAAUAGCACUUCAUAUGAGAAUUACCACAGGAUAUUUGUCCCUGAAGGGCAUCCUCCGAAGGCUGCACCUAAAGAACCUUUGAGGGUUAAUGUUCUGUUCCAACAUAUACAAAAGAUGCUGUCUGGUGAAAGUGCUGUAAUUGCUGAUACAGGGGACUCAUGGUUUAACUGCCAAAAACUGAAAUUGCCAAAGGGAUGUGGGUACGAGUUCCAAAUGCAAUAUGGUUCAAUUGGAUGGUCUGUGGGUGCAACUCUUGGUUAUGCACAAGCUGUACCUGAGAAACGAGUGAUUGCCUGCAUUGGUGAUGGAAGCUUUCAGGUGAGUGCCCAGGAGGUAAGCUCAAUGCUGAGAUGCGGGCAAAAUACCAUCAUAUUCCUGAUAAACAACGGUGGAUACACAAUUGAGGUUGAAAUUCACGACGGACCAUACAACGUGAUUAAGAACUGGGACUACACUGGGUUGGUUGAUGCAAUCCACAAUGGUGAAGGGAAAUGCUGGACUACCAAGGUCUUCUGUGAAGAGGAGCUAGUUGAAGCAAUUGCCACCGCUACAGGACCCAAGAAAAACUCCUUUUGCUUCAUUGAGGUAAUUGUUCACAAAGAUGACACAAGCAAAGAGUUGCUUGAAUGGGGCUCCAGGGUCUCUGCUGCCAAUAGCCGUCCUCCCAAUCCUCAGUAAACUAAACUUUACAAUUAGCCUAUUACUAAAUUGUUGUAGUUGCUCUUCAGCUUCUACCAAAUUGAGAUUUCCUUGUACCGAAUUUACUUUUGUUAAUCACUUUGCAGUGUUUAUGCAUCUGGGUCCACUUGUUUGUGUAAAUUCUGUCAAUUGAGAUAAAAAAAAAAUAAAAAUCCACCACCUUUGUUCAUUGUG